AUUUGUAUUUCAAUUCUAUUUAACCCUGAUACAGAUUAUGCAUUUUACCAACUUGCCAGGACACACAAAACAAUCUUAAAAAACGGUAGCAGCAACAUGGACCGCCAAUUCCGGAGCUUGCAUACCAUGUGAGUCGACAUUUUUACCCGAGAUUUAAUAGCCUGAGCUGAACUGCCUAUUGGAAUUCUAACGCGGGCCAAAGCACAUAUUUCUAACGGUGAACCGUGGCACGCUGUUGGUUAAAUAGCUACUAUGGUGCUGUUGCGAAUAUAAAGCUAAGAUCCACUAUACAAGUAUUGGCGAGUGGGCCUACAUCCGAGUCAUGAAAGCAAACCAAGACACAGAGUGGUGGGCGCUUCCUUGGAAAAUUCAGGGGCUUUAGGCAGUUAAGAGGAAGCUGUAUUUGCAAGCUGAUCUACUUUCUCUGUCUCCAUCUGCUUCUGUUCCAUUAGUUUUUCACAUUUAUCAUUUCUUUCGAUCUAUCAGACCUCAAAUUGGACCGCAUCUUGUCCUUACAACAACUGCUAGCAGAAAACAAGAUGCCGGUAUCCUAGAACUAUUAUAAGAAAUCAAAUACUUUCACAGAUGAUAUUCUCAUCCUAUUUUGAUUAGCGGAAGCAUGCAAGUUCCAUGUCGCUCAUUCGGAUUCAUGAUGGUAAGUAGUAAGUAGGAUUUGACUUCGAGAGAGGUUUCUUGAGCCAAUUGCCAGACAAAUUGCAAGAUCUCGAUUCUAGCUUAUAAUUGAACCACCCAAGAUCAUUUGUUCAAAAAUUGAGAAUCGCAUUUCUGAUUAGUUCUUUGACACAUCUUUUCAAAAGUAGAGAUCUCCAAAAGGGGCAAGGCCACUUUCCAUAUCCUCUGUUCAAGGACUUGAUUUCGGAAAUAUGUUCAGCUCAUACUAGAUCAAAAAUAAGCAGUCCAGCUAGUUAGCAUCAGCUGUUUUGUUUAGCAAUUCAAGCCAUCGCCUUCUGUUUUGGGACUGCGUCUUGACCGGAAAGACCUCAGAAAUAAAAAAGAAAGACCAGGAGUGCCCACUUGUUAUUUGGACUUUCAGCAUUACUUGACUUGGUUUAAUCCAAUUUCUCCACAAGUACGUCACAAUCCUGAAACUGCAAAACCAUGUACUGCCCUUUGAUCCCAAAACCGUCUUUCUUCCAAUCAAUUAAAACAAGACAAAACUUAUCAUUAUCUCAUUAAUGAAUGCACUGUCGAAGGUAUAAAUAAGCUUGUCCAUCACUUCCUCAUGGCUCAAACCCAAACAAGAAAAAUCUAUCCAAGUCCUCUUCAAUCUUUAGUAGAUGUUUCCUUCAUUAUCUCUGAUGUCUCCUGCUGGAAAAUGGCUAGGAUUUGUGACUGCAAUUUGGGUCCAAGCCAUUGCAGGCAACAACUACACGUUCUCCAACUACUCCGAUGCGCUCAAAUCUCUCAUGGCACUCACGCAGCUCGAGCUCAACAAUCUAUCUGUGGCUAAAGAUGUCGGCAAGGCGUUUGGGCUAGUCUCUGGCCUUGCCUCGGAUCGAUUUCCAACGUGGAUUAUACUUCUAAUUGGAUCUUUGGAGGGUCUAAUAGGCUACGGAGCUCAAUGGCUUGUCGUGAGCCAGCGGAUCAGCCCUCUUCCCUACUGGCAGAUGUGCAUAUUUCUGUGCAUGGGCGGAAACAGCACGACGUGGAUGAACACGGCCGUUCUAGUGACUUGCAUGAGGAACUUCCCUAAGAGCCGAGGACCGGUCUCAGGGAUUCUCAAGGGAUACGUGGGGCUAAGCACAGCGAUAUUUACCGAUGUUUGUGCCGCUCUCUUCUCCUCCGACCCGUCCACUUUCCUCCUCAUGCUUGCUGUAGUUCCCACAGUAAUCUGCCUGGUUGCCGCUGUUUUCCUCCAUAAAACCACGCCUGAAGAAGAAAAGAGUGAGACGCAGCACUUGAAUGCCUUUAAUGUGAUCGCCAUUGUUCUGGCCUCCUAUCUAUUGGCCUUUGACAUUAGUGGUAGUCAUGGUCCCGUUCUUUCUGUAGCAUUUGCAAUAGGACUAGUAGUCUUACUUGCUCUGCCAUUAGGUGUUCCCGUAUACUUUGGUAUGUCCGUGUCAAAACCAAAUUCCGAUAUUGAACAAGCAAUCAGACAGCCACUUAUUGCCCCACCAACAAGGCAAGAAGAUUUGGUGACUGUGAUGGAAACUGCCGCUCAAGGAUCUGUCCAGGCAAAGCGCCAGCCAAUGAUUGGGGAGGAUCACACAGUUUUGGAAAUGGUGAAGACGGUCGAUUUCUGGAUACUUUUUGUAUCGUUCCUAUGCGGGGUGGGCACGGGAAUGUGCUUCAUGAACAACAUGGGACAGAUGGGGCUCGCGCUGGGCUACGUUGAUGUGUCGAUCUUCGUCUCUCUCACCAGCAUCUGGGGAUUCUUUGGGAGGAUCAUCUCGGGAUUGGUGUCAGAGCACUAUAUUUGGAAGCAUGGAGCACCGAGGCCUAUCUGGAAUGCGGCUUCACAGAUACUGAUGACUCUAGGAUACAUCAUCCUUGCCGUGGCCUUGCCAGGAUCGUUCUACAUGGGCUCGAUUCUGGUGGGCAUAUGCUAUGGCGUCCGCCUCACCGUGACUGUUCCAAUCGCAUCGGAGCUGUUUGGCCUCAAAUACUAUGGCCUUCUGUACAACAUCCUAAUUCUCAAUCUUCCACUAGGUUCUUUCCUCUUCUCUGGCCUGCUUGCGGGUCAUCUUUACGAUAUUCAAGCCACCAUUAGCGACGGAGGAAGCAACGCUUGUGUCGGGCCACAGUGUUAUAUGCUCGUGUUCGUGAUCAUGGGCCUGGCUUGCGCGUUCGGUUUUGUGCUCGACGUGUUGCUCACAAUUAGGACAAAGAGCGUAUAUGCCAGGAUGUGCACCGAGCACAAAUCCAAGGCUCGAAUGGCGGAUGAAAAUUAAUCCUGCAUCAAGCAAAUCCUGAGAAAUCUUCUUCUCUUUUUCUUUUCAGGGGAAUUUAUUUAUUACUUUCCAAGAAUAAAUGAAUUCGAGUAUGUACAUAUGCUCUUCAAUUCACUGGCCUCGGAUAUGAGCAUUAGUUGUGAAGAAAAAUUAGUGAUUGAAAAUUUGAGUCUCAUUCUUGAUUG